GUCACAAAGUAACUUUGAACAUUGAAGAGUUAGAGAAGAGAGCUUUUAUUAAAAUUCUGAAAAAAUGGCAAAUAUAUUCGCGAAUUUAGUUCAUCCUAAUAUAAGUUCAGUUACCGAUAAUUUAGCUCCAGAUUGGGUUUCUUCAGAACAAAGUACAGGAACAUCUAUCAUGGCUUGUGAAUUUGAAGGAGGUGUAGUAAUUGGAGCAGAUUCUAGAACAACCACAGGGAGUUAUAUCUCCAAUCGUUUUACCGACAAGUUGACUAAGAUGACAGAUUAUAUUUAUUGCUGUCGUUCUGGUUCUGCAGCAGAUACCCAAGCUAUUGCAAAUAUAGUUGCAUAUCAUUUGAGUCUUCACAAAAUGGAGUUGGGAAUGGAACCAUUAGUAGAAACAGCAGCAAAUGUAUUUCGUUCAUUAUGCUACAACUAUAGAAAUUCCUUAAUGGCAGGAAUCUUAGUGGCAGGAUGGGAUAGUCAUAAAGGAGGCCAAGUUUAUAGUGUUCCUCUAGGAGGUAUGUGUGUUCGACAACCAAUUUCUAUUGGAGGAUCUGGCUCAACCUAUGUGUAUGGUUACAUGGAUUCACAGUAUAAACCAAACAUGUCAAAGGACGAAUGCAUCAAACUUGUUGAAAACACAUUGGCACUGGCAAUGUCUCGUGAUGGUAGUAGCGGUGGUGUUAUCCGAAUGGGUGUCAUUACGAAAGACGGGAUUGAAAGAAAAGUUAUACUCGGUAAUGAUUUACCGCGUUUCUAUGAAGGAUAAAGGUUGGAAAAAUGU